AUGGAUUCUCCACGUCGAAGUCGAAACCGGGCUGCUUGUCGGCGCUGUCAACGACGGAAAAUCCGAUGUGACGGCGAGAUUCCUCAAUGCACCUCGUGCAAGAAGGCCAAUGCACCCUGUGUCAAUGACGGUAAGCAGGAAGUAAACCGCACGUACAUUGCAAGCCUGCAGAAACGGGUGCAAUGGCUCGAGUCAAUGAUUCGCGAACAAGGAAACAACAUCGACGAUGGUCCUCCCUUGGAUUUCAUGGAAAUUUCACAAGUUGAAACUAUUCAUGAUGAUGAACCUACCGAGUCUGCUGCUCCUGCCAUACCUGGCUCACAUCGAUCUCCCAGCCCAACCCAGCCAGGACAGCCUCUGCCACUCGGAGGUUCACAGCCCUCUCGCACACAGUCAAGACAGGCACAUGAAAUCGGAUUAGUUUCAUUGUCCUCUGGAGGAGAGCCGAGAUAUAUUGGCCCAUCGAGUGGCUACUUUCUUGCAAAUCUAGUCUUCUCUAACACUGGUCGAAGAGCAAGGCUAGCAGGAGAUCGAGGCAGUGGGGACGAGCCGGUAUCUCUCUCCGCUGAUCUUUUCAAUAGCCCUGCAUCUCUACCAGCCCGCAAAGAAGAUGCAAUCGAGCUGUCUUCAAAAUAUUUUGCAUCAGUUCAUCUCAUGUAUCCGUUUCUGCACGAACCAUCUCAUAUGCAACGGAUGGACAAGAUGUACUUGGACGGGGAGAUGAAUACCGAUCCAGCAGUUGCCUUCCACGUAUACAUGGUGUUGGCAAUAGCAGCUUCGGAUCUGUCCCGUCGCUUCAGGAUUCGACUUCCUGCAGAAGGCUACUACACCGCAGCUACACAAUACUUUGAAGGGGCUUGCGCCGAGGGCUCUCUAGAGGGACUCCAGAGCCUCCUUCUUCUCAUGGUCUAUGCACUGCACAAUCCUUCAUGCGGGGUCAAUGUUUGGAGCUUGAACUACCAGUGUCUGGGGGCGCUCAUUGAUCUGGGUCUUCAGCGCGAUGUGCGUGCGUCAUCGGCAUUUCCAAUCUCCUUUUUGGAGCAGGAAAUGAGGACUCGGAUCUUUUGGGUGGUGUACAGUUUCGAUCGGACAUUAGGCACCAUGGUGGGCCGGCCUAUCGGAAUCCGAGAUGAAGCGUGCGAGCUUCGACUCCCUUCGGAUGUAGCCGAUAAAUACCUCACUGAAGCCGCAGCCGAUAAAAUGAUCGGCAGCUCGCCAUCUCACAUAACAAUCUCCAUUCACCUGUUCAAGCUGGCACGGAUGAAUUCCGAGAUCAAAUAUGUCAUGCACAGCAUCUGCAGAGACCCCCCGCGCUAUGCUUACCCUCCGGUUGCCGACAUCUAUCAAUGGCAGGAGCAAAUGAUAGACCGCCUUCAAACAUGGCUAUCAGAGAUUCCUCGCGUUCCCGGAACGGAAUCAAUUGCGAAGAUGUGCGAGAUUAGAUAUCACGAAAUGAUGAUUCUGGUCCUACGACCAAGCCCAGGCAUUCCGGAUCCGUCUGACGAGCUACUCGCACAAUGUUUCCAACAUGCCGUUGAUCUCCUUCGUGGGUUCGGAGAGCUCUACCGACAAGAAGCGCUGUGUUACAGCCGAUUGAUCGUGCAUUCUAUUUUCCUGGGCACAUUAAUAAUGCUUCACUGCCUAUGGAGACUACCACAAGUUGCAUCGCAAGUCCAAAUUGACGACCUGGUAGCAGAUAGCGGUAUCAGCCUGAACAUUCUCAGCAGCAUCGGCGAGUACUGGGCAGAAGCUAAGAGAGCCAGAGAUUGCAUCCAUGAGCUUUCAGGCGCCACAAUACAACGCCUGAUCAAAGCACGAGGACUGGACCCUUCUUCAUCCCCGUCAAUGCCACGACCUCACAGUUCCAACCGAAGGAAUUUACGAUCGCAACAAGCAAAUGAGACCGCUACAUCCCCUGAUCAGGUCGAUUCUGCCAUUGAUAUUGCCCCUACUGUGCUUGAGGAUUGUGACUUUAGUCUUGACACUUCGAGCUGGCUGAAUGAUACCAUGCCGGGAGGAUUCAUGGAUCUUGCGGGAGCACCGGACUGGGAUAGUAUGAUGUGGGGAAUCUUCAAUAGUAGUUGA